AUGACCAAGCGAGCAGGCUCCGAGGCUUCCCUAACGCCCCCGCCAGCCGUUAUAUCACCCUCAGCCAAGCGGCGGAAACCAUCGGCCAAAACGGUUGCCGAUUCUGUGCUCAGCGAUGAGUUCCAGCAGGUCACGCUGCAGCCUUGGGUCGAUGCGUAUCGGAUCAAGGGGCUGGGCUAUGGCGGAGAUGUCUACUAUCAGCCUGACUUCUUGCCGGUCGAUACUGCGAAGAGAUGGUAUAAUGAGAUAUCACAGCUAGAUACCUAUCAACCCGAGCUCAAGAUGUACGGCCGGACCUUCGCGCAAUCUCGCCAUGUCGCAGCAUACUCUACCUCUCCAGGCAUGACCCUCAAGUACUCUGGUACCGAGAUCAACAUGCACCAUCCUUUCCCGCCUGCUCUGGCGGAGAUGCAGGAGAGGCUUGAGGCUGCGCUGGGCGUCAAGUUCAAUCAUUGUAUGUUGAAUCGGUAUGACGAUGGGAGCGUAUACAUCGGGAAGCACUCGGACAACCUUAACAACCUGGUCAUCGCGAGCAUAAGCCUCGGUGCUGAGCGGACGUUCAUCCUGUCCCCAAGAAUGCCAGCCAAGUCUAGUAAGGGCGCCAAGGGCCUGUCGGAGGAGCAAGAGGAGGAGCUCAAGGGGAGGGGCAACCACAAGUGUAAACUAGCAAAUGGGAGUCUGGUCGUUAUGCAAGGCCGGACCCAAGAGUUCUGGAAGCAUGAGAUACCCAAGGAAGCUUCGGUCAAGGACGGUCGGAUAAGCCUUACCUUCCGCCAACUGGUCUGA